AUGUCUCUUGUGAGAUACUUUCUAGCAAAACCUGAGCUUUCCCGCGGAGUAUAUCGUGCCGAUAAAACCCUCCAUGUCUCGCUGUACCAACAGCUUGCCUUUCGCAGUCCCAGCGUAACGGCCACCGACUACCUCACGGUUAGAGGGCUACCAAGCAAGCUCGCAACAAUGCGGCGAUACAUAAGCACUACAGUCUCGCUAGUAUUCUGGCUGUGGGCAAUAAUAGUAUCUGGUCUUCCAAACUGCCCCUUUCCAGGAGCUGCAUUCCCCAAGCCAACGAAUCUCGCGGCGUCGCCAACAAUACAAGCCGCUCUCGCCAACUUAACCACAGCCUUCGAAACCUACGACGAGACGUCUUCGAACAACCCCAACAGCACAUCGUGGUCUAUCCAAAUAUUCUCCGCGUCGUCAGACGAACCGCUAUGGGAACACUACCACACCGCGCAGAACCUGCCGGAGCAAGAGGAGACGGCUAACUUCACCGUCGGCGCGGAUACUAUAUAUCGACUCGGAAGCCUGACGAAGAUCUUCACCAUCAUGACGUUUAUCGCGGAGGCGGGUGAUACGCGCUGGAAUGACCCUGUCACGAAGUAUAUCCCCGCGCUCAAGGCUCUCGCGGCCAAGGCACAGGAGGAUCCGGUAAUGAACGUGGAUUGGGAGAGCGUUACGCUUGGGGCACUGGCGAGCCAUAUGGCGGGUAUCAUGAGAGACUAUGCGCUUGAGGGCGAGUUGACGCAAGAGCAUAACCAGACUAUGCUCAUAGGCCAGGGAUUCCCCCCAGCACCCCUGAACGAAGUCCCUUUCUGCGGCGAAGUAAUCCCAUGUACCCGCGCCCAACUCUUCGCAGGUCUAUCCAUCAUCCCGCCAUCCUUCGCCCCGUCUCAAACGCCCGCGUAUUCGAAUCUCGGCUACCAACUCCUAGCAUACGCGCUCGAGGGAAUCACAGGGAAGCCGUUUGCGCAAAUGCUCCAGACGGAGAUCUUGCAGAAACUCGGGCUCAAUCACACGUAUUACCUGCGGACGCCGCCGGCGGAGCUAGGGGUGAUACCGCCUGGCAACGAGAUGGGAUGGAAUUUCAGUCUGGGGGAGGCAAGCCCCACAGGAAACAUGUACUCCUCAAUAUCCGAUCUCUCCCGUCUCGGCCGCGCCAUCUUCCGCAGCACAAUCCUCUCUCCGGCGCAAACCAGGCGCUGGCUGAAGCCCGUAGCAACAACAUCCGAUCUCUCCGAAGGGCUAUCCUACCCAUUCGGGUACCGACGCAUCCCCCUCGGCACAGCAACUUCACACGCAGGUCUAACGCACCGGAUCGUCGACAGCUACAACAAAGCGGGAUCCAUCAACAAAUACGCCUCCCUACUCAUCCUCCUCCCAGACUACGCCGUCGGUUUCGCGGCGCUGUUAGCAGGGGAUUGGCCCGGGAACGCAAACUGGGAUAUGGCGGACGUAAUCGGGCCAAUACUCCUCCCCGCACUAGAAUCUGCUGCGCGCGAACAAGCCGAGGGUAUAUUCUCGGGUACAUAUACCGCGAGCCACGUGAAUUCCUCCCUGGUAUUCUCCACCGACCCCGAGAAACCGGGCCUAGGCCUAGAGAAAUGGAUAAGCAACGGCACGGACAUGAUCCCCGUCGCGGGCACGUAUACCCUCGGGAGCAGUUCCAGGGCUAGUAUACGGUUAUUUCCCACGGGUCUUGAAACCACCUCUAUUCCUACAAAUGAGAAUGAAAAUGGAAGUGAAAAGAAGAAGAAGAAGAAAAUCGCCUUCAAAGCCAUGAUCGAAACGGCGGAUAAAAAGGACCAUUCGAACAGCAUGUUCUCGACGAAUUGCGGGACGUGGGUGAGUCAGACGGUCGCCGUGUACGCGGAUUACCCGCUCGAUCAGUUCGUGUUUACAGUUGCUGUUGCUGAGGACGGGGGUGAGGAGGAGGCGGAGAGCGUGAUGUCGUUGGCGUUGAGGACGGCGCUUGUGAGAGAGAGAUAG